GUUUUUGUCGCUUGUUGCUGUUGCCUAGGGAAAGAUUUGAGACUUUAAUAUCAGAUGUCACAUUGACACAUUCUUUUUGUUUGCAAUUUUGGGUUCCAAUUAAAAAGUAGAAAUGAUAGAGACUGAAGAAAUUUCGUUAGACAAAUUGUCCCCAAUUAAUGAUAAGGAAGAACAAAGAAUCAUGUUCGAAAAAGCUGGAUUGUUGCUGGAAAGAUUAGCCCAUGACAGUGAAAAAGAUGAAAAUACUGUUAAUAUUGCUGAUUUUAAAUUGCAAAAAAUAAUUUCCAACGUUGAACAUGAAGGUUCAAGUAAUGAAGAUUCAAGUUCAGAUGAUUCAAGUACUGAAGGUUCAAGUACUGAAGAUUCCAGCGAUGAUGGAUCAAGUAAUGGAGAAGAACAAAUCGAUAAGAAAAACAUAAAAGCUUCACUCGAAAAGAUGCUUAAAAAUAAAGAAGAAGAAUUGGAAGCCAUCAAAUUUGAAACAGAUAUCCUUUUCGAGGGAUUGAGUCGCAAACAUGAAGCAGAAAAAGAUCUAGAUAAUGAAAAGCAAAAUGUAAGUCCAAUAAAAGCAGAAGCAAAUAUAGAUCAAGAAACUAUUCACUUUAGUAUCGAAAAAUCAGUCGCUAUUAAUGAGAAAACAAAUACAGAAAUUAACGAAAAUGGAGGUAAAAAUAGCGAACAAAAAAAAGAAAGUGAACCGAAACCAGCAGAAGUUCAGAAAAAAUUCAACUUCGUAAAUGAAGAGGAGAAAACAAUCCAUAAGAUGUUGUCAACUGUACAGUCUCGACAAAAUUUAUUAGAAGAGAAAAUGGUGGCCCUAAAAGCCAGUACCGAAUCCCUUAGAGAGCAAUUACAAACGGAAAAAGAAAAACUGAAAGAAGAAAUUAACAAAACUAUUGAAUUAGAGAAAAUGAUAAAGAACGAAAAUCAGAUAAAAGAGCAAUAUAUGAAACAAUCAUGGAAAAUUGGCGAAGAUGAUAUUCUGAAUAACAUGGAGAGUUUUGGAGAUUACAGAUAUUUUACUAAUACCACGAUUAAUUUUGGAAUGGAAAUUAAGAAACGAAACUAUCAGAAAUGGCUUUCGGAAAUUGGAAAUGAAUGUGAAAGGCAACUGACUACGGUUCAAAAUAACUUAUUGGUGUUAAAGCCUUUGAAGGAGACGGUAUCAAAAUGGAGUAAACUGAACAGUGAAGAAACAGAUCUCGAUUACAAAAGUGAAGAAACAGAUUUAUUUGACAAAGGAGAAUUAACGGCAAAUACAGAAGAAGUUGAAGGGGAAAUUGCAAAUGAAUAUGCAAAUGAAAAAGAAAAGAAAUAUAGUGGAAAUUUAGGAAACGAAAUAAUUAAGAAUAGCCAGGCAAUUCAAGAAAAAAAUUGGACUAAAUAUAAGGAGACAGAGGAAGAUGAUGAUGGUGUUGAAAAUAAAUACGAAAAUCAGUUGUCUGAAGUACAGAAAAUUAAAUUUGAUAAAAAUACUCAUGAUUUAGCAAAAAUUGACAUUGUCAUUAAAACAAAAAGUUUGGAAAGUUGUAAUAUAAAUUAUAGUUAAAUUAAAUAAAAAAACACGAAUACUUAUUAAUAGAUAUCUACUUAAAUAAAUUCGGC